GAUCCGCAGGGGGGGAAAGAUUACCCAGCCGUGAAACUAAAAGAAAACGUUGCCCGGCAGGUUUCAGACAUGUUUCUGUCAGAGUCCGAGGAUGAGUCCGAGCAGAUGCCCUCAGAUUCGGACUCUGAGAGCGAGUGUAGCCGGUGCAGCCUGGACGAGGACUACACUCCGAGUGGGCUGGCCCGAGGAUCAGAGAAGGAAGACUUCACCGAGGAGGACAGUUCGGAUGAGGAGGGGAACGGUCGACCCAUAAAGAGAAGAUCUCCGAGAAGGCAGCUCCGCUCUGCAUCUUCUCUGCUAUCAUCACCCCUCAAAUCUGCAUCUAAGAAAUGGGAGCAGAGUCCCUUGCGAAAGAAGAUCCACUACGAAUCUACACCCAAAAAAAACUCCUCCUCCCCCAGCGCUGGAAAGACACUCUCCAGUCCCUGCAGGAAAACUCCGAGCGGGAAGCAGCAGGCGGACAGACGAGCAAACAAGGACGACGCGGAUGAGGAAGAUCAGUGGCGUAAUAUUGAUGAGGAGGACGUCGAGCCUCCUCAGCCACAUUUCAGACCUGAGAGGGACGUCGGGCCGCAGCUGAACAGAACAGCGAAUUACACGCCACUCGAGCUCUUCCAGCUGUUUUUCUCCACGACAGUAAUUGACACAUUGGUAAAAAACACCAAUGCCUAUGGGGAGAAGAAAUCCCAGGAGCAGAAGGAGAGACAUGUGCCUGUCACAGCAGCAGAUAUGUACUCCUUCAUCUGCAUCGUCCUCUACAUGGGCAUUGCGCCGCUGAAAACUCUCAGAGACUUCUGGCGAGGAUCUCGGCUCUUCAACCUGCCGUUUCCUGCCUCCGUCAUGCCCUGCAGACGCUUCCUCGCCAUUUCCCGUAGCCUACACAUGAACGACCCCGCCGUCGAAGCUGCCAACGAUCAAAAGAAGGGGACGCCCGGGUUUGACAGACUUUGCAAGAUACGGCCACUGUACGAGCAGAUUCUGGAGGCCUGCCACACCUUCUUCCAUCCACACCAGCACAUCUCCAUAGAUGAACGGAUGGUCGCGAGCAAAGCCAGGAUCAAGCUCAAGCAGUACAUUAGAAACAAGCCUACCAAAUGGGGCUUUAAGCUUUUUGUGUUGGCAGACUCCACGUGUGGCUACACCCUCAACUUUUUUGUGUACGGGGGAAGAGAAUGUGAACCCACAGGGAAGGGGCUCAGCUACGAUGCCGUCAUGAAACUCCUGAACAUCCCCUUUCUCGGUAAAGGUUACAAGCUCUACGUGGAUAACUUUUACACCAGUCCUACUCUAUUCCUCGACCUGCUCAAGAGGAAAAUCUGGGCAUGUGGCACCGUUCGUUCCAACGUAGCUGGUUAUCCAAAGACAAAAAAGAACAACAGGCCAGAGAAAACCCCAAGAGGAACCAUCCGCUGGAUCAGAAAAGGACAGUUGCUGUUUGUGAAGUGGUUUGACACCCGGGAGGUGAUGAUGUGCUCGACCAUUCACAAAGCAUACAGCAGCGACAUGGCCAAGCGCAAAGUCAAGAACGCAGAUGGACAGUGGACAGUGAAGCAGGUGCCGAUUCCAAGCUGCAUUAGAGAUUACAACCAGUACAUGGGGGGUGUCGACCUGUCCGACGCACUCAUUGGCUACUACAACGUCGUUCACAAGACGAGGAAAUGGUACAAAACUCUGUUUUAUCACUUAGUGGACAUAGCCACAGUGAACGCUUUUAUACUCUACAAAGAAAUGUGCAAAAUGCAUAAACGGCCUUUAGUCACGCAGAAGAACUUCAGGGAAGAGCUGAUUCUGUCUCUGGCUGAGAUUGGUUCUACUCCACGCCGCUCAGCUCCACAAAACUUCAUGUCUGCGUCUCCUUUCAAGAUGCCUCCUGCUUCUCCAUUCAAAGCCCCACCUGCCUCCCUGUCCAACGUCACCUCCCCUCCCCCUGGCUCUCCCUCCUCGGCGCCACCUCCUUCCACUGAGGCUCCACCAACAGCUCCAGGUUUAGGUCACCUGCCUGCUUACUUUGUAGAACAAAUGAGCAACGUGGCCCCCAGAGACCGGGCCACCGCCGGCAGGAGGACGUGUGUGGUCUGUAAGAGAAAGUCGCCGGUCUACUGCAGCACGUGCCAAAAAACACUGUGUUUCACUGCUCUGAGGAACUGCUACAGUGAGUGGCACAGAAGUAAUAACAUUUGUGUUUAAGUCACUGGAAAUACUUGCAAAAGCUCUGUAUGAAUGCCUUUGCAGGGGUAAAACUUCAGUAUUCACUAAAUUGGUGAUGUGCCUUUCACUAACGUGCCUUUAAUCACCACUAGUGAACAAAUAACUUCAUUUUGGUUCAUUUGUCAAACUCCACUUAUUUGGUGGCUAUUUUAUGAUUAUAUAGAGUCCCUAACAUUCCUGUUAAAAUGAUCUACAUGCAGUAUACGAUAUACUUGGAUAACAGAUACAGAACAGGGAAUAACUUGGAAAAAAAAACUGUGCAUAGUAAACUAGAAGAGAAUCUACAUUAAAGGAUAAAUCUUUUAAAAUAAACAUAUUCCCAAAGCCUCAAUAUCUCUUCCACUCAUUACCCAUUUAAAUACUUCAAAGUGUCUCUAAAGACAGAGAGCGAGGGAAUUAGAAAGAUGGAGACCAUUCUGACAAACAUGGAUCAUCCACUUCACAUCUGCCUCAGUGAACAACAAAACAUCAGUGGUGGACGACUCCUAUCCCUGAGCUGCAGGACUGAAAAGAUUCAGAAAAUCUUUCUUUCCAUCAGCAAUCAGACUAUUUAAUUCAAAGGUAAACAGAUGAGACCAGACAAUUGAAUUUCCCUUUGGGGAUUAAUAAAGUCAUUGUAUUGUAAAAUCCUUAAAGGGGAAACAUCUGGCAUAUGUUUGUGUUUUUUAUUUUUAUUUUGGGUUUCUUUACAGGCAUCUCUUGCAUGAUUUACAGUUAAAGCUCCAGAUUUUUCUCCUACAAAUCAGAAAGCAGCAUGUUCCAAAGCUGCUCCAAGUAACUUCUGUUUUUUUUUCCAGCUGCUGUUCAUAGAAAUAACAAUGUUCAUUGGUUCUGGUUGGUGCUGCAGUUAUUGCUUGAAAGUCUGUGAGGUGGUCUUUGACCCACCAGCUUUAAACAGUGUUAUGUGACAUUAAGUACAACUGGACUACAUACAAUUUUGCUCACAAAUCUGAUCAUAAAACCACAUCUGCAAAGACUGAUUACUGAGCUGUAAUACAUUGACUCGAAUAAGAUUUUGACUGAAAACUGGACCAAUCAUUUGAUGUCACACCCAGAAUCAGUUUGAGGAUCCUAAGUGGGAUCAUACAUAUGUACCUAACUCUACCUGGAAGACUUGUAAAAAUACAUACCUCAUGUCAUCCUCUUUUCUUUUUUUUUUUUUUUUAUCUAGCAUUUAGAUUCUUUUUUACAUCACUGGAUGCUGCAAUGAACUUACUUGUAGCUUGUAACUUUUGGUUGUAAUAACUGAUGCUGUACACUGUAUAUUUACCUCACUGGAUGUGUUUUCAUGUGCACUGGUUAAACUAUUAUGACAUUUAUACUGGUUUUACUGGUUCUCUCGGUUGGUUCAGGUUUCUGUUUUCAGCAUCUCAGCUAAUAUUUGCCAUUUCUAGUUACCUCAAGAUCAAACCUCUGUGGUUUCAGGCAGCAUUUAUCAUACUCAGAUGGACUUAGCUUCUUCGAUUUGGGUCCCAGUAAUGCGACUCGGCCGGAGGAUGCACCACAUCGAUUGCAGACGGCGAUUAGAAACUCAUGAGGUGUUUUUACGCCACAGUACCUCAGUACUUCUACUACCCUUUACCUCAACACACAUCAAUGCAAACUUGAAAGAUGAGACUUGCUUCGGAUGUGUUUUUAGGGGCACAGCAUUGAGAUCAAACUCUCAUGGACUACGAUACCAGUGAAUAGAAACUUUAGAACUGCUGUGCGAGUGUAAGGAAACUAUGUUUACAGAAAUACAGUAUUAAAGCUUGAUGUAGUGUAAAAUGAAAAGCAGUGACCUCACAGUCUCAUUCUCAUGUCCUCAGCUAAAUGGGGUUCUGAAAUAAAACUUGAAAAGAUCACACGCUCAUAAAGUGAAAAACUAUUUGGCACAUGAUGUUGCCAAAGCUUGUAUUACAACUGUUACAGACCUUAGUACCUCUGAUUGACUACAUUAUUAUACUUUCAUGUUAUUCCAAUGUGUAUUUUUGAUGUUUUGUGUAUUUGUAUGUGGGUUAGAUAGGGUUUUGAUGUUUUUUAUUCUGUAAAAGUAGAAUAAACUUUUUAAAAAGCUAUGUA